AUGAAUCCCUAUCAAAACCAGCCCAACCAGGGAUACGGUAACCAGUACUACCAACAGCAACCUGGUGCUCCCCAGACUCCCCAGCAGCAAGGGUUUGCCCAAGCAAGUUCUCCAGGUGGCUUUGGUUCUGCACUCCCCAAUCCGUCCAAUGGUGGCAACAACCCUCAACAACGUCCCCGAACUGCUGGUAGUCUCGGUAGCAAUAAGUUCGAAGAAGACUAUUCAAUCCAGAGAGAUCCUACCACCUAUGCACCGAUUACCAGGGAGCGUGCGACUGCCUGCAAGCUGAAGAUUGAACUCUUCUACAAGCAAAAUGUCCAGCAUGCCUUGGAAAGAAAUGUCAGGCGUCAAGAACUAGAGACUCGAAUCAGCAACGAACCGAGAAUGUCCGAAGAAAGGAAGAACAUGCAGCGCGUCAACUUCGGCUCCCAAGAGUCUAACUUCCUCAGGUUGAGACGCACGAGGAUGACCGCCGACGACUUCCACACGAUUAAGGUCAUUGGCAAGGGCGCUUUUGGUGAGGUUCGUUUGGUCCAGAAGAAAGACAAUGGUAGGAUCUACGCGAUGAAAACUCUGUUGAAAAGUGAGAUGUUUAAGAAGGACCAAUUGGCCCACGUCAAGGCCGAGCGUGAUGUUCUCGCUGAGUCUGAUAGCCCUUGGGUUGUCAAUCUCUUCUAUAGUUUCCAGGAUUCUAUCUACCUGUAUCUCAUCAUGGAGUUUCUUCCUGGUGGCGACUUGAUGACUAUGCUCAUCAAGUACGAAAUCUUUAGUGAAGAUGUCACCAGAUUCUACAUGGCGGAGUGCGUCCUCGCUAUCGAAGCGGUUCACAAACUUGGCUUCAUCCACCGAGAUAUCAAACCGGAUAACAUUUUGAUUGACAUAAACGGUCAUAUCAAACUUUCGGACUUCGGCUUGUCCACGGGAUUCCAUAAGACCCACGACCAGGCGUACUACCAGAAGUUGUUGGAGAAGGCCCAAGCUCCUUCUGCGCCACGGGACAGAAAUAGUGUUAUGAUUGACGCGAUCCACCUGACAAUUUCUAACAGGAAUCAAGUCAAUACGUGGCGCAAAUCCCGUCGUGUUAUGGCCUACUCAACCGUUGGUACUCCCGACUAUAUUGCGCCAGAAAUAUUCAUCCAUCAAGGAUACGGACAGGAGUGCGAUUGGUGGUCCCUCGGAACUAUUAUGUUCGAGUGCCUCAUAGGGUGGCCUCCAUUCUGUGCCGAGGAAGCCCAUGAAACAUAUCGCAAAAUUGUCAACUGGCAGGAGAGUCUUUACUUCCCAGAGGAAAUCCAUCUUUCCCCAGAAGCGGAAGAUCUCAUCCGUUCUCUGAUUACUUCAGCGGAUAAGCGUCUUGGACGCCACGGAGCUGAGGAGAUAAAACGUCACCCGUUCUUUAACGGGGUCGAUUGGAAUAGCCUCCGCCAAAUCGACGCACCUUUCAAGCCCCAGCUGAAGAGCAUGACCGAUACUACGUACUUUCCAACUGAUGAUCUUGAAAACGUGCCUGACGCUCCGGCCGUGGCUGCCAUGCGCGCCGCCCAAGCACAAGGAAGCAUUCAACCACCUGGUCCUGGCGAGGAAACCGGACUGCCUUUCAUUGGGUACACUUACAAGCGAUUUGAUCAACUCAACCGUCAUGGUGGAUUCUAA